UCCCUUCCCGCUGCGCCUGCGCGGUCCCGCCUCGCCCCACGCGCGGGCUCGCGCUUCGGUUUCCCCAGACCUGCUCGCAGCACCCUGUUCUCUUCCCGGUUCGGCCCGCUGCCCGCGGCGCCAGCACUAUGCUCUUCUAUUCUUUUUUCAAGUCCCUUGUGGGCAAGGAUGUGGUCGUGGAACUAAAGAAUGACCUGAGCAUCUGUGGAACCCUCCAUUCUGUGGAUCAGUAUCUCAACAUCAAACUAACUGACAUCAGUGUCACAGACCCUGAGAAAUAUCCUCACAUGUUAUCAGUGAAGAACUGCUUCAUUCGGGGCUCAGUGGUCCGAUACGUGCAGCUGCCCGCAGAUGAGGUCGACACACAGUUGCUACAGGAUGCAGCAAGGAAGGAAGCCCUGCAGCAGAAACAGUGAUGGCUCCUCCUCUUCCCCUCCCUCUUUCAUUGGUGACCCAUAACCCCAAGUCCCAGCCCAGAACCCCUAACCCCCAAUACUUGAAGGGGUUUUGUUUUUUUACUAAUGAUGGUUUUGUGGGUUGUUUUUUUUUAAGGGAUGAGUGGAUGAGAGGAAUAAUAGGGAACAGCUAUCCUCUCUUGAGAAGGGGAGGAUAAGUAGGCUGGGAAACUUCAAAGCCUUCCCAGUCCCCAGCACCUGCCUUUCUCACUACUUCCCUGGAGAUGGUAGGAGAGUUUCCUAGGUCUUUCCAGGGCAGCAUGUGAUUCAUUUGGGGAUGGAAGGAAUCUGUCCCGCAUCGGGAAUAAAAUUUAUGAUGCAAA